UCAAAUAUUGCAAAAAUACGCAUAAACCAGAGGCCCAAAGAAAGUUCCAUUUUGAACGAAGGGCGCUGUUUCUCCGCGUUUCACCGUCGAUUGAACCACCGGAGUUUGGAUUACGCCGUCGCUGGACCUUCUUCUUGUUGUUCUAGAAUUACCUUCCUAUAAACCGACUCGGUGACGCCGGAUCGGGGGACUUUGGUGCAAUUGGAGCGAGGAAAUGAGUGGAUGGGAUAGGGUUAGACCAUCGGGUUCGAGAUUUGGCCGUGGUAAUUCUGCAAUGCACGAGAGGACCACCUCUACUACAACGGUUCGACUCGGCCGAGUCCAGCCACAGGCCCCUGGUCAUCGCACCAUCUUCUGCAAUGAUCGCGACGCUAAUCUUCUUGUCAAAUUCAAGGGGAAUUCAGUUUCGACGACAAAGUACAACUUCUUCACUUUCUUUCCGAAAGGGCUGUUUGAACAGUUCAGGCGUGUGGCCAACCUAUACUUUCUUACCAUCUCAAUCUUAUCGACAACACCCAUCAGUCCUGUGCAUCCAAUUACAAAUGUGGUCCCUUUAAGUCUGGUUCUACUCGUCUCUCUCAUUAAAGAAGCAUUUGAGGACUGGAAACGAUUCCAGAAUGAUAUGGCAAUUAAUAAUAAUCCUGUAGAUGUGCUGCAAGAUCAGAAGUGGGAGAGUGUUCCUUGGAAAAGGUUGCAGGUUGGAGACGUUGUUAGGGUUCGGCAAGAUGGAUAUUUUCCUGCGGAUCUUCUUUUCCUUGCUAGUACAAAUCCAGAUGGCGUCUGCUACAUUGAGACUGCUAACUUGGACGGGGAGACAAAUUUGAAGAUUAGGAAGGCCCUGGAAAAGACCUGGGAUUACCUGACUCCAGAGAAGGCAUCUGAAUUUAAAGGUGAAGUACAAUGCGAGCAACCAAACAAUUCACUCUACACUUUCACAGGCAAUGUUAUUAUUCAGAAGCAAACAUUACCUCUCAGCCCAAACCAACUUUUAUUGCGAGGAUGCAGUCUCAGGAAUACUGAGUAUAUUGUUGGGGCGGUUAUUUUUACUGGCCAUGAAACAAAGGUUAUGAUGAAUGCUAUGAAUGUUCCAUCCAAAAGAAGUACUCUGGAAAAGAAACUUGACAAACUUAUACUUACACUGUUUGCUACUCUGUUUAUGAUGUGUUUGAUUGGAGCCAUUGGCAGUGGUGUGUUCGUAAACCAAAAAUACUACUACUUAGCUCUUGAUAAGGGAGGUGAAAACCAAUUCAACCCUCGCAACCGAUUCCUGGUUAUCAUUCUGACCAUGUUUACCCUGAUUACUCUAUACUCGACAAUCAUUCCUAUUUCUCUUUAUGUUUCCAUUGAGAUGAUCAAAUUUAUUCAAUCGACACAAUAUAUCAAUAAGGAUCUAAAUAUGUUUCAUGCUGAUAGCAAUACCCCUGCAUUGGCCAGAACUUCCAAUCUGAACGAAGAACUUGGUCAGGUAGAAUACAUCUUUUCAGAUAAAACUGGUACUCUUACUAGGAAUCUAAUGGAGUUUUUUAAGUGUUCAAUUGGUGGAGAGAUUUAUGGCACUGGUAUCACUGAAAUAGAGAGGGGAAUUGCUGAGCAGAAUGGCUUGAAAGUGGAGGAGCCACACAAAUCAGCCAAUGCUAUUCAAGAAAAGGGAUUUAACUUCGAUGAUGCGAGGCUUAUGAGAGGAGCAUGGAGAAAUGAGCCCAACUCUGAUCUUUGUAAGGAAUUUUUCAGAUGCCUUGCUAUUUGUCAUACUGUACUCCCUGAGGGUGAUGAAUCCCCAGAAAAGAUCACAUAUCAAGCAGCAUCACCUGAUGAGGCUGCCUUGGUAACUGCUGCUAAAAACUUUGGCUUCUUCUUUUACAGGCGUACACCUACUACAAUAUAUGUUCGCGAAUCUCAUGUUGAGAAGAUGGGUAAAAUCCAAGAUGUUUCUUAUGAAAUUCUCAAUGUACUUGAGUUCAAUAGUGUAAGGAAGCGUCAGUCCGUGGUGUGUCGUUAUUCUGAUGGCAGGCUUGUCCUGUACUGCAAGGGUGCUGAUACGGUAGUAUAUGAGAGAUUGGCUGGUGGAAAUGAUGAUCUGAAGAAUAUAACAAGGGAACACUUGGAGAAGUUUGGAUCUUCCGGUCUGAGAACCCUCUGCCUUGCUUACAGAGAUUUGCAUCCUGAUGUGUAUGAAAGCUGGAAUGAAAAAUUCAUUCAAGCUAAGUCUUCAUUAAGAGAUCGUGAAAAGAAAUUGGAUGAGGUUGCAGAACUUAUAGAGAAAGACCUUAUUUUGAUUGGUUGUACUGCGAUAGAAGAUAAGCUUCAAGAAGGAGUACCAAACUGUAUACAGACACUUUCUAGAGCUGGUAUCAAGAUUUGGGUGCUAACAGGAGACAAGAUGGAAACUGCUAUUAAUAUAGCUUAUGCUUGCAAUUUAAUAAACAAUGAAAUGAAACAAUUUAUCAUCAGUUCCGAAACGGAUGCAAUCAGAGAAGUUGAAAACAGGGGUGACCAAGUAGAACUUGCACGUUUUAUUAGAGAAGAAGUAAAAAGGGAACUGAAGAAAUGUCUUGAGGAAGCACAGCAGUGUUUACAUUCUGUCUCUCCACCAAAAUUAGCACUCGUUAUAGAUGGAAAAUGUUUGAUGUAUGCAUUAGAUCCAAGUCUACGAGUUACUUUGCUAAACUUGAGCUUGAAUUGUACUUCAGUUGUUUGCUGCCGGGUUUCUCCUUUGCAGAAAGCACAGGUGACAAGUCUGGUGAAGAAAGGUGCAAAGAAAAUAACACUUAGUAUUGGCGAUGGCGCUAAUGAUGUUAGCAUGAUUCAAGCAGCUCAUGUGGGCAUUGGAAUAAGUGGUCAGGAGGGAAUGCAAGCAGUGAUGGCUAGUGAUUUUGCUAUUGCCCAGUUUCGAUUUCUCACAGAUUUACUCCUUGUGCAUGGGCGAUGGUCAUAUCUUAGAAUAUGCAAGGUUGUCACAUACUUCUUUUACAAGAAUCUUACGUUCACUUUAACUCAGUUUUGGUUUACCUUCCAAACUGGAUUUUCUGGUCAAAGAUUCUACGAUGAUUGGUUUCAGUCAUUGUAUAAUGUCAUAUUCACCGCCCUACCUGUAAUAAUUGUUGGACUGUUUGACAAGGAUGUCAGUGCUGCCCUUUCCAAAAAGUACCCUGAGCUCUACAGAGAGGGAAUAAGAAAUGUGUUUUUCAAGUGGAGAGUUGUGACAACUUGGGCUUUCUUUUCCAUCUACCAAUCUUUAGUCUUUUAUUAUUUUAUAACCGCUUCUAGUUCCAGCAGUCAAUCGUCAUCUGGCAAGGUGUUUGGUCUGUGGGAUAUCAGCACGAUGACUUUCACAUGCAUUGUAGUGACUGUGAAUCUGCGGCUGCUUAUGAUCUGUAAUUCAAUUACCCGGUGGCAUUACAUUACGGUUGGGGGAAGCAUUUUAGCAUGGUUCCUAUUUAUUUUCUUAUAUUCCGGUAUUAUGACACCACAUGAUAGGCAGGAGAAUGUAUAUUUCGUUAUAUAUGUCUUAAUGAGUACAUUAUACUUUUACGUAGCUGUUAUUCUCGUCCCCGUUGUUGCACUUCUUUGUGAUUUCGCUUACCAAGGCCUUCAGAGAUGGUUUUUCCCCUACGAUUAUCAGAUAGUACAAGAAAUACAUAGACAUGAACCUGAAGGUAGAGGUACGGCAGGAUUGCUGGAGAUUCAGAACCAUCUUACACCAGAAGAGGCAAGAAGCUAUGCCAUGUCUCAACUCCCUCGAGAAUUAUCGAAGCACACUGGCUUUGCUUUCGACUCACCUGGCUACGAGUCAUUUUUUGCUGCACAGCUUGGUAUUUAUGCCCCACAGAAGGCAUGGGAUGUUGCUAGGAGAGCCAGUGUUAAGUCGAGACCAAAGCUUAGGGAAAAGAAGUAAGCUGAUUCAGGUAUCUUCCCUACACCACAUCCAUCAAGAGAAAGCAAAACAGAAGUCAAGCCUCCUAUGCGCUCUACUUAAUGCAAGCUGUUUUAGAUUCUCUUGGAGGCAAAUUGAUUCAGCAAGGUCAUUUAAAUUACAGAAAUAUAUCAUUUUAUGGCUUCUUCGGAUCUCAAUUUGAAAAUACACUGCUUAGAUGGUUGCUUAAGCCAUGUAGCCUCUGCAGGUGCAGACAACAGCACAGAAAAUAGCAUCUUUGAUGUGAUGGUCAGGUCUUUGCUGAGUCGAAAACUCUGACCAAAUUCUGAAAAAUCCAAUUUGAAGAAUUUGAAAGAUUGCUUGGCCUAACUAGAUUCAAAUUCUCCAAAGAUUUUGACUUCUCAAAAUGGCCACAAUAGUUGUAGAUAAGGAUUAAAAUAUCAAUAUUGAUAUUGAUAUUGAUAUUUCAAUGUCGUGGAUAUAUAAGAUAAUUUUGUAAUUCAGAAAAUUUAGAAAAUUUGUUUAGAUUAAUAAUUAAGUUGCUUUUAUUUCCCAA